GUUCCUGUCGGUGAAUCAGUCCGCCUGCGUGCGUUGGAGGCACUCACGCGGUUAGAGUGUACUGUAACGAGGUGCAGGAUGCGGACGGGAGAGCGCCUGGCAACAUCUUCCUUUUGGCACGUACGCGGAGAGUGAGAAUAGUUGGCAAAGAAAGAUAAACGAAGAAACACGGUCAUGAAAAAGAAGACGAAGAAAAAGAGCGCGAGCGAAAAAAGUGCAGACGACCGAAGGACUUGGCAGAUAACGUCAAAGGCGUGCGGGGAAAAGCUAUAACAGCUGUAAAAACGGCAGCCCAGGAGGUGCGAGACAUCGCGAUAAACUCACCGGCACCACGAGAUCCACCGGAGAACGAGCGAAGACGUCCCACUUCGAGGCAAGGGAGAGCUACCGAAUUUGACUGAACGACAUCUGUUCAGGCGUGCUUAGGAUUUUCUGUUUUCACUCCGGUAUGGAGCGUCAUCCGAGCUCAUCGACCUUUGACGACCGUUUUAUCUGCAGGGCUCCACCACCUUCCGUUCAUCGCAGCAUUCAACGACGCCCGAGGUGAUAGUGCGAAACUCCUUUGCGGAGAUCGGAAGGUGAAGUGACUGCACCUUUGGGUGCGCGUCGUGACAGAAUGAGAAAAAAAGACCAAAAUGAAAUGGAAAGAAGGGGCAACUGGAGUGAGUACAGCUAGGAGACAGCCCAAAACGCAGCACCUGAUGCGGGAGGACCACCCAAAGUAGUCGCACGAUGGCGAAAAUUAACCUGAAGGAGUUGCCGAUGAAGGCGCACUACUUCUUCUACUACGGCGCUCUUUCUGGCUUCCUGCCCUUUAUCGGCGUCCUGAUUAAGGACCGUGGAGUGUCUGCCGUCGAAGUGGGCCUUAUCUACACCGUGGCACCCUUUUUCUCCGCGGCUUCAAAACCCAUCUUCGGAGCAAUCGUCGACCGCUCAAAAAAGAUCAAGGUCGUCAUCCUGUCUUUCCUUAUCUGCAUCAUGGGAACGUUCGCAGCGAUAAACUUCCUGCCCGCCGUAACUGGAGGGGUGACAGGAGGUGCUAGUUCCACUCACAACUUACUUCUCGUGAUACCCAUCGCCGCACUAAAUUUUACGCAAAUGGCUUCAGUGGACCCGUUCUGCGACCUGUCCUGCGUCCAGCAAGGUAAUCAAUCAGUAAACAACGUGCAGCACGAAAAUGUAAGAGUGCGUGCUAACGUCAGUGAGAUGAACCUAACGCUAAGCUUCCCUCCCAGUGACUACGAAAAUGUUUCUGGAGCUUGCACUACAUUCUGUGCUUUUAUGGACAGUGGUCCAGAACUUGCAUCGGGUUCUGUCCUAGCAACGGCAGUAUUCUGGUUGUACUGCAUCUUCGUGACGGUCAACUACGCGGCCAUAGGCUGCGCCAACUCUUUGACGGACACAGGGUGCUUCGAGCUUCUUGAAAGCGAAGGUCCUGACUCCAAGAAUCGAUUCGGCUUGCACCGGUUGUGGGGCACCGUGGGAUGGGGCGUAUUUGCCGCCGGCAGCGGAUAUCUCAUCGAUGGCCUCAAGGGGACGAAUGAUCCAUCGUCUAGAACGGACUAUUCUGCGGGCUUCUAUUUAGCUGCCGCGCUGAUGCUCGUCGAUGCAGCCUGCGUCCGCAUUUGCGACAUAAGGAAAAGCAAGAGCACCGAGAGUAUUGCCAAGGACGUGUUCCGGCUCGUCUACAAGGACAGUCGCGUGUGGUUCCUCCUCCUGGACGCCACCAUCGGCGGGGUGUUCGUGGGUAUUGUGUGGCAGUACCACUUCUGGUACUUGGACAACCUGGGUGCUUCCUCGGCGCUCAUGGGCGCUACCGUGGCCGUGCGGAGCUUCGCCGAACUUCCGGUCUUUGUUUGCGCGGGUUGGACCAUUGGCAAGACGGGACACGUGUUCGUAAUGCGCGCCGCUCUUGUGUCGAUGGCGGUCUCCUUCGUGUUGUACUCGAUAAUUGUUAACCCCUGGGUGACCCUUCCUGUGGAGCUACUGCUCGGUUUGGCUCUCGGAGCCUUUUUCACGGCCAUUCCUUCCUACGCCGAGGAGGUCGCGCCACCUGGAACCGAGGCCACAACUAUGGGACUCGUGAUGGGCUUCUUUGAAGGCAUCGGUACUGCGCUCGGCGGCAUGGUGGGUGGCGCUGGCUUCGAAUGGCUGGGUGGUGCUUCCACCUUCCAGCUGGUGGCCGCGGCCGGUUUCGCGUGGUGCCUGCUGGCGUACGCGCUGGACUCCUCACUCGCCUACCUCGCACGAUCAGGCAGACAGGGCCGCUCAGCGAAAGCCAAGAAGAGAGCUGCUGCUGCCCUUUCCUCGGAACUUGGCUCCGGCAGCGAUGUUGUGUCAGCGGAAAGGAAACCGUACGCCUACACUCCCGUAGAAACAAACGUGUGACACGUAUGUACACACCAAGUGCUCGAACUGAUCAGCGAUCCCUCGCAGCGGGCAGUGUGCCUCGUUUACGGAAACAAAAAUCCGCAGUGUUCCAAUGUGAUUCACGAACAGCCACGUGUGCUCAGGAGUGCUCGAACCUCGACACUGCUCAUAUCUUCGACGAAUGGCGAAAGACACGGCUCACAGUUAUACACACGAUAUACCCGACAAGCAUGACCAUGACUCGAUCGAACGAAACCCAUGCGAUUCCCGACAUCGCAGACCUCUCCACCCCCCUCUCUCUCCUUUUCUUUUUUUUUUCAGUCCGCUGUAGCAUCAGCAAUGGGGUGAACGAGACCUAGUUGUGAAACUAUAUUGUGGCAAAUGUAGAAGAUUGUGAAAUUCAGUGACGUAUUCUUUGUCAUGCCUUACUAGUCCCAAUUUCAAGCGCAUCGCUCUCACUUACCCCGUGCAUCUGGGUGUAUUGUGUGUAGUGUUAUUGGCUAUAUUCUCAUGUGACUUCAACGAAAAGAUAUCGCGCUGAGCAGUUAUGGCGUAUGCAUAAACGAUGGUCUUAUAUUUGCGUAUAAAAAAGUGAAAGAAAAUAACCAACAUACAGUCCUGAUAA